CCCUAAACAAAAACAAGGAAAUAGGAAACUCCUUGUUUCAAAAAUCAAACCAAAAAGUAUCUUUCGUCAAUAUUUUUCAGAGUCAUUUCAAUUCUGUAUUAAACUAUGUUGCAUUUUAAAAUGUUUUUCAAAAUCGAAGCAUUUUAUUUAUAACUAUUGGUUCUUUCAUCCCGAAGGAAUUAUGCUCGCAAAUGUUACACCAGUUAAGUCACUUUAUUUUGGGAAGAUUUUUUACUUUAUUUUUUUAAAAUUUUUUAUAAUAAUCUUGAAAUAACAUGUCAGGCUCAGAUCUCUCAGUAGCUCUGACGGUGAAAGAUGUUUAUGAUUUUGCUUAUGAAAUAGCAGAAGAUUUUGACAAACUUGUCAAUCUUCAUGGCCUUGACUUGACAAGGUCGCUAAUUCAUAAAGUCAUAAACGUUCUUGAAUCUUUGGAAACCAGCGUUCAAAAAAUAGAAUGCCUAGAGAAAGAAAUUGUUGAAUUAAAAUCUAAAUUAACUCACUUAGUUUCUGAAAAGGCAUCUAAUGACUUUAAUAGAGAAAGAUUAAAGAUGACUUUUGAAGAAACAGAAGAAGUGUGGAACAAAGAGUGCCAAAAUUUAAAAGCCAUAAUUUCAAUUCUUAGUUCUGAAAAUAAGCUCUUGAAAAUCCAAGCAACUGCCAAGGAAGACAAGAAUGUUAAAUUAGAUAUUUCUGAAGCUAGUGAAUCUGAAAAAAGUGAAAUAGUUUUGAAGCUCAUGGCUGAUUUACAGAGAAAAGACAAGCAGUUAUCAGAAAUUAGUGAUUACAAUGAUGUUUUAAAGAUGGAGCUUGAACAAGUUCUUCAACUUAAUAAAGUUCUUCAGCUGAGCCAUAACCAAGUUAAAAUUGAUGUGAAAAAGCUGAAGUUUGAAAAGGUUGAUUACGAAAGUAAACUCGAUUUCCUUCAGCAGAAAAUUGCCAAUUUAGAACAAGCUUUAGAGGAAAGAGCAAGUCAAGAAUGUGAAAAGAAAGAGUUUUAUGAAUCACUUAUGAAAGAAAAUAUUACUAUGAAGCAGUUAAAGACGAAUUGUGUUGAAAUGGAUCUAAUUAUCAAUGAACGUAAUUAUAUGCUUGAAAAGAUAGAAACUUUAAAUUCAGAACUCCAAAUUGCAAGAGCUGAAGUUGAAAAGUAUGAGAACAAUUUAAAAGUUUCUUCUUUAAAUGAUCAAAGUACUGAAGCAUCAAAUAUCAGGAAACUAUUUCGUCUUUUUCUCGAAUUUCCUGCCACAAUUCCUGUGUCAUGUUUGGCAUGAUAGCAAGUGUGUUUUUUAUGAGGAUGAAAGUUCUUCUGAUAAUAAUAUACCCAGUGAAAGUCAGUUUAAUGUAGAUGUUGCUCUUAUGUGGCCUUCAAUUAAUGAAUAAUUUUUAUUUCUCAUAUUUAUUAAUUUAUAUUGUAAAUAUAUACAUUUUAUUCUUUGA